AUGAAGCUCGCCAUCCAAGGCUGCAGUCAUGGAGAGCUCGAUGCCAUCUACGCCUCGCUCCUCCGCACCGAACGCGAGCAGUCUCUGCACAUUGAUGCCCUCCUCCUCUGCGGUGAUUUCCAGGCCAUCCGCAACCACUCUGAUUUACACGCGCUCGCCGUACCGCAGAAGUAUCGUCAACUCGGCGACUUUCACUCGUACUACUCCGGUGAAAAGAUAGCCCCCAUUCUCACCCUGGUGAUUGGCGGCAAUCAUGAAGCAAGCAAUUACAUGCACGAGCUGUAUCACGGUGGUUGGCUCGCUCCCAACAUUUAUUUUCUGGGCGCUGCCGGUGUAAUAGAGCUCAACGGGAUCGUAGUUGCAGGUAUCUCGGGAAUCUACAAGGAGAAGGACUACAGGAAAGGACGGUUCGAAAAGCUGCCAUACGAUGCAGGUUCGAUCAGAAGUUGCUAUCACACCAGAGAGUUCGACGUUGUCAGAUUGAAGGCCUUGAAAGACGGACAAGUGGAAAUUGUCAUGUCACACGAUUGGCCGAACACAAUCGAGCAGUGGGGGAAUACCCAAGCAUUAAUACGCAAAAAGCCGUUCUUCAAAGAGGAAAUCGAGUCUAGGACGUUGGGAUCACCACCGCUCAUGGAGCUCUUGCAGUGUUUGAAGCCCGCCUUCUGGUUCUCUGCGCAUCUACACGUCAAAUUCGCCGCUCUGUUCAGACACGGUCAAAUGGAUCCAGCGAUCGAGCCUUCAUCGACGACGGCAGCAAACACGAACCCUGAGGCACUCGACAUAAGCCUGGAUUCAGACGAUGACUUGCCAGAGUCGCCUAAGCCAGCUCCCUCUGCUGACAUCGCAGUUGACGGCACCGUAACCAAGUCUGCCACUGCUACCCGUUUCCUUGCGUUGCACAAGUGCCUUCCGCAAACGCAGUUUCUGCAGAUCAUCAAUCUCCCAUCGCCUCAAGAUGCCGAGCUGGAAUCUCGCAAAGCAUCGCUCGGCUAUACACAGCGUAUCCCACCCUCGCUGAGAUACAACCAACGAUGGCUCGCCAUCACGCGCGCGUUCCACUCGCACUUUUCUCUCCAGUACCGUCAACCAGAUCUUCCCGAUCCCUUUUCUGCUUCACUGUUGGCGAGGAUAGAGGAGGAAGAGCGAUGGAUCGAGCAAAAUCUCGUCUCCCCCUUCACAACCAGGAACAGCGGGAAACGCAAACAGGAUGAGCGCGAAGGCUCGAGAGCCUGCACCCCGCAAGAUGAGCGAGAGACCGAAGGAGUCGGUCUAGAUGUCCACAGAGUUCAACAGUUCGUUCGUACAGCACCGGCACCUUUCGAGCCGGGAGGACUGUCGCAAGCACCACCGGCGUGGUAUACAAACCCACAAACUGAGGCCUUUUGCAGAUUCCUGGGUAUUGAGAACAAGAUCAAUCCUCGUCCGGACGCGUUUGGCGGCGCAAGCUGCUAUCCGCAUCCCCAGGAGCAUCUUGCGGCGUCGUUUCAUCCCGCAACACCUACGGGCGAUCGAGAUCCGAGCCAAGUUCAUAGUGAGGCGGUAUCGGAUCCAAAUGCACUUGCGAUCGACAUGGAUGAUCUGGAUAGCGACUGCAGCGAUGCGCACGCAAACGGUGAUGGGUUCAAGCAUGAUGGAAGCCGUCGCGACGUGCUUACUUUGUCGGAUGAUGACGAGCUGCAUGCUCGUUGGAAAGAAGGCACAGGCUGA